ACGGGCCGGCAUCGCUGUCCCGCAGCGCUGCCCGCCGCUCCGCCACGCCUCGUGCGAGGGAGGCGCUGCUGGAAGUGACAAAACUCUCCGUCCCUGCUUUUCCUUACAAACUAAAUGGCUGCGCCCAGAGGGUAGGGAGCUGUGGAGGAGGCGGAAUGCAAAGCAGUAGGGAGCGUGCGGCUGACGAGCCCUGCUGUCCUUUUUCACGCAGCUUGGGUCGAUGCCUUCUUGUGGGCUGCUGAUGUCCUGAAAGAAUUUUAAACGUGGAUGUGUUCGACCGUCUCAAAUCUGUUCCACUCAUUGUCCUCUUUACAGUGGAAACAUAGUGCAAGAAGUGGAUAAACUACAAUUUCAAUAUUGUAAUCUUAUUCCAUAUUAUUUUUAGCACUGGGAGACUGAAUAUUCUCCUUCUGGAGUCAUCAUAUGUCAGAAUUGUUCAAGGCUUUGUAAAACUCUUGCCCAAUAGGUGAACAUGGAGACACAGCUAGACCCCAUGAAGGAUGAUUUGCCUUUAAUGGCAAACACUAGCUACAUGCUUGUAAAGCACUAUGUAUUGGACUUGGAUGUGGAUUUUAAAAGUAAAGUUAUUGAAGGCAGCAUAGUUUUGUUCUUUGAGACUGGGAGCCAGUACAGGAAAACCAGCAGUGCUGGCAAAGAAUGCUGCCAGCCACAGUUUGAUGAAAUCUGUAAAAUGAGAGCAUCUGAACCCUGCCACAUUCCUAUGAUAAAUGUUAGUACCUGUUCUUCUAAAACGGAAUGUAAUGAUUUUGCUGUCAGUGGUAAAGAAGAGGAAGCUACUUCUGAUGAAGAUAGUAACCAUAGCAACAAUGAACAGGCUUCUGGGAUUUCUAGUUCAAAGGACUGCUGUGACAUAGAGGAUCAUGGAAACAAGGAUUUUCUGCUGGUAUUGGAUUGCUGUGAUUUAUCUGUGCUAAAGGUUGAAGAGGUAGAUGUUGCUGCUGUGUCAGGCAUUAAAAAAUUUACAAGGUCUGCCAAGCUAACUGGUGUUUCAAAGGAGCUGGAAAAUCUCAGGAAUCGGAUUGUACAUGAACUUGUGACUUUACCUGCAGAUCGCUGGAAGGAACAGCUACACUAUUUUACUCACUGUAGCCAGGCACCUGGCUGUGGGGAGCUUCUGUUUAGUACUGGCACCUGGAGCUUGGAGAUAAGGAAAUCAGGAAUUCAGACUCCAGUGGACUUUCCUCAUGCAAUAAGAAUAUGGUACAAAACCAAGCCAGAGGGAAGAUCUGUUGCAUGGACUACAGACCAGAGUGGCAGGCCAUGUGUUUACACAAUGGGAUCACCAAUAAACAACAGAGCUCUCUUUCCAUGCCAAGAACCACCAAUUGCCUUGUCAACAUGGCAAGCCUCAGUUCGAACAGCUGCAGGCUUUGUUGUGUUAAUGAGUGGUGAAAACUCAGCAGAACCAGUCCAGCAUCAAGAAGGUAUCUUAAGCUGGUACUACUAUGUGUCUAUGCCAAUGCCAGCAUCCACCUUCACUAUUGCUGUGGGGUGCUGGCAGGAAGUUAAACAGCAGUCCUUCAAACAAAAAGCUGCUAUUGGAACAAACACUGAGUUUUCCUUGCCAUCAUCACAAACCGAUUUAAGGUGGCAUGAAGAAAUCUGUGGUCAUGUGGAAUAUCCCUGCCGUUUCCAAAAUCCUGCUGCCAGGUUGCAAGCAGUCAUUCCUUAUAGAGUCUUUGCUCCCUGGUGCCUUAUGGAGAGCUGUGAAGAAUAUUUGCUUCUGCUAGUUCCUCAGUGCCUCUCAGCUGCUUAUGCCACACUGGGUACCCACCCUUUUUCCAGGCUUGAUGUUCUGAUCGUUCCUUCCAACUUUUCCAGCCUGGGAAUGGCUAGCCCACACAUCAUCUUUCUGUCACAAAGUGUACUGCCAGGAGGAAGCCAUCUCUGUGGAACUCGUCUGUGCCACGAAAUUGCUCAUGCUUGGUUUGGACUGGCCAUUGGUGCUCGUGAUUGGACAGAAGAGUGGAUAAGUGAAGGGUUUGCCACUUUUUUAGAAGAUAUAUUUUGGGCUAGGGCACAACAGCAGCUGUCACAUGAUGAAAUAAAAGGGCAACAGGAAUUGAAAGCUUUACUUCGCUGGCGCAGACUCAGAGAUGAGGUGCAAAACUCUGAAGAAGAGCUGCAAGUUUUAAGGCCCAAAAAGGAGAGCACGGGAGAACUGAGUGAGUCUGGAGCCUCUGUUGUCAAAUAUGGUCUUAAAGCAGAAAAAAUCUUCAUGCAGGUUCACUAUUUGAAGGGUUAUUUUCUUUUACGAUCUCUGGCAAGGAAAAUAGGAGAGGUCUCAUACCUUGCAUCUUUACGGAAAUUUGUUGUUAAGUUCCAUGGGCAGCUUGUCCUUUCUCAGGAUUUUCUUAGCAUGCUGUUGGAAGACAUUCCUAAACAAAAACAGUCUGGGUUAACUGUAGAAAGUAUCUUCCAGAACUGGCUGGAUACUUCUGGAAUACCAAAGGACAGAUUGCAGUCUUUGAAAGACAGUCUUCCCAAGAAGGACAUGCAGGAUGGAGUAAUCUCUAAAUUUCUGUUGUGAAGUGAUUCAAGUAUGACAGCCAGUGUCAUGUGGACAGCAAAUAGUACUGUUGAUGGAGGGUAAUGCAGUCAUUCCCAUUUUAAAUUGGGUGUGACAUCACCCUUUUAUCUGGUGUAAGUAAGCUUUUCAAGUAUGGAGGAAUACAGAAGGACACAAAAUGUCCUAAAACAUCUUUUUUCUCCUCCUUUUUUUGUCUUCUUCCCUCUUCUUUCACAGCUCCCCUCUUCUUUUCCUCUUACUCCUCUCCUUCUUCCCUGCUCUCUCCCCCUGCCAGCAAAAGUGCCUGCUCUGGUAAUGAACUAAAUCUUAUUGACACAUCAAUAAGCAGAGGUAAGACUUGACUGAUAAUUCAACUCCAGUGUGCUGUGACCAUCGCUUCUUAGGCCACCCUAUUUCUGCCACUGCUUUUUGUUUUCUGCUGGCUAUCUGUAUGGGUAAGCUGGCUCUUACCUUAUACUGCAGUGCUAUCAUCUUGUAGGUGAAUGUUCAAAUUAAGAUGUACACCGCAGUCAGCACUAGGGAACCCCAGAUGUUGGCUCCACAAAGUAUAUUACCAUAAAAAGUCAGUAACAAUUCCUCUUGAUUUUCCUUCACUGCUAUGCAACUACUAACAAGAAAACAGGAGCCUUCUCUGAAUUUGAACACACAGUAUGUUUGUGUGUUUGUGGAUUUUCAUCCCAAAUCAGCCUCAGGAUCUGCAGGUCUGAAAAUCAGUGUCUCUCAUAACCUUUUUUCCCCCUAGUUUUCUCAAAACAUUUGACAGAAAAGGAAGUGCCAUUCUUUAAAGGACUUAAAGUAUAAAUGUGUUUCCUUGUUUCUAUGGUCCAGUGUUUCCUAUAACUACUUCUGUGGGAAUGCAAAGUCUAAUCUGUUAACUGAUCCAAGGAAAUACUGUUAAAGCAGUUGCAUUAAUUUGUGUUUGCCGUUAACAUAAUUUUUUGUUCACUGCCUUUGAACUAUGUUCUGUUCUUCUUUCUUCAUUUAAAUACACUCAGUUGAAGAGUCAAUUUGUAGGCACUUUCAGAAUUACCAUUUAGUAGAAAAAUCUGUUGUGGCUUUACAAAAUAAAAACAUGUUGUUUAUACUUGUUUCAAGUAGACCUGUUGUAAGUGUGAAAUAAAAAACUACAGUAAGAUUUUUUAUUGUGGUAUCCCUGUUAAAAAGUUCUUCUUUGUUUCAUGCUUCAUAGUGAAGUUGCUUCUAUUUAAAGCAUUGAGUUUGAUC